AUGCAAGGCUUCGAAUGGCACGUACCAGCUGAUCAGGGCCAUUGGCGGCGCUUGCGAAAAUCGAUCCCAGAUCUCAAGGAUAUCGGAGUAGACAAUAUAUGGAUUCCUCCUGGGUGCAAAGGCAUGGAUCCUUGUGGUAUCGGGUAUGAUAUCUAUGAUCUAUAUGAUCUCGGAGAAUUCGACCAAAAGGGAACAAUAGCCACACGUUGGGGAUCGAAGAAGGAUCUGCAAGAACUAGUACGCGCUGCGGAAGAUGUGAAUAUCGGAAUUUAUUGGGACACAGUUUUGAACCAAAAGGCGGGGGCGGAUUCAACUGAGAAUUUCAUGGCUGUUAGGGUGGACCCAGAAGAUCGAAAUACCGAAUUAUCUCCACCGGAGAUGAUUGCCGGGUGGGUCGCGUUUGACUUUCCGGGUCGUGGUGAGAAGUACAGCAAGAUGAAAUAUCAUUGGCAACAUUUCACCGGCGUGGACUGGGACGAAUCAAAGCAGAGCUAUGCGAUAUACAAGACAAGUGGACAUAAUAAAGAUUGGGCAAAGGACGUCAGCGAUGAGCGUGGAAACUAUGACUACUUGAUGUUUGCUAACAUCGAUCAUUCCCACCCAGAAGUUCGGGCUGAUAUAUUCAAAUGGGGAGAGUGGAUUGGCACGGAAAUACCCAUCAGAGGCAUGCGAAUUGACGCAGCGAAGCACUAUUCAGCUUCGUUUCAGAAAGAUUUUGUCGCACAUCUCCGCAACACUGUCGGGGCCGAUUAUUAUCUGGUUGGAGAGUAUUGGAGGGGAGAGGUCAACCUACUUCUGAAGUAUCUCAAAAUGAUGGAUUAUGAAAUAUCGCUAUUCGAUGUUCCACUUUUGGGUCGCUUUGCGGCUAUCUCAAGGAUGGCAGGUGGUGAUUUACGGAAGAUAUUUAGAGGCACAUUGGUAGAAAAGAUGCCAAACCACGCAGUAACUUUUGUUGGAAACCAUGAUACACAAAUCGGACAGUCAUUAGAGACUGUGAUCGCCCCUUUCUUCAAGCCUCUCGCAUAUUCAUUGAUUUUGCUUCGAAGUCAAGGUCAUCCAUGCAUCUUCUAUGGAGAUCUCUAUGGAAUCAGAGGUGGACCGGAGCCCCAGGCUGGUUCGUCCUGCAACAGGAAGCUUCACAUCCUCACCCGUGCGCGGAAGCUGUUUGCUCACGGUGAACAGCGAGACUAUUUCAAUAGACGCAACUGCAUCGGUGAGUAUUGGGUAAUGUCGACUGUUAUAGUCACCGGUCUAAUUCACUCCACAGGAUUCGUACGAUAUGGCAAUUAUCAACACCCUUUCGGUCUUGCUUGUAUCAUGAGCAAUGGUGGCUCAUCUUACAAACGAAUGUAUGUUGGUAGUAAGCAUACCGGGGAGCUUUGGACAGAUAUAAUGGAGUGGCGGUGUGAGACAGUAGUCAUAAAUAGCUGCGGCUACGGCAUUUUCCCCGUCGAUGCUAUGAGUGUCAGUGUCUGGGUCAACUCCCUAGCAACCGGGAGACAUGAUCUAAAUCGCCCAUUGUAA